AAGCGCUCCGUAGUUUCUGCGCUCCAGGUAUGCUACUUGGUAAAAGUCUACUUGUAGGACAAGCGCUGCGUAGUUUCUGCUCUCUAGGUCCACUACCUGGUGAAACUCGACUUCCAGGACAAGCGCUCCGUAGUUCCUGCGCUCCAGGUCCUCUACCUGGUGAAUUUCGACCUCCAGGACCAGCGCUCCGUAGUUCCUCAUAGUUCCUGCGCUUCAAGUGAUUCACCUCAUGAAUUGCGACAUCCAGAUCCUUUACCUGGUGAAUUUCGACCUCCAGGAUAAGCGCACCGUAUUUCCUGCGCUCCAGGUAAUUUACCUGAUGAAUUGUGACUUCCAGGUCCUCUACCUGGUGAAUUUCGACGUCCAGGAUAAGCGCUCCGUAGUUCCUGCGCUCCAGGUCCUCUACCUGGUGAAUUUCGACCUCCAGGAUAAGCGCACCGUAUUUCCUGCGCUCCAGGUAAUUUACCUGAUGAAUUGUGACUUCCAGGUCCUCUACCUGGUGAAUUUCGACGUCCAGGAUAAGCGCUCCGUAGUUCCUGCGCUCCAGGUCCUCUACCUGGUGAAUUUCGACCUCCAGGAUAAGCGCACCGUAGUUCCUGCGCUCCAGGUCCUCUAUCUGGUGAAUUUCGACCUCCAGGACCAGCGCUCCGUAGUUCCUGCGUUUCAGGUCCUUUACCUGGUGAAUUUCGACUUCCAGGACGAGUCCUCCGUAGUUCCUGCUCAGUGCAGUGAGCAGUUAUAUCGUGAGGUAUCUCAUUAA